GUUUUGACGUGUGGAAAAUCAGCUAUUAUUCUAAUUAUUAUCCAAGAACAGAUUAUUAAACAAAAGUUGUGAACGUCUACAGACGCGCGCUGUUCGAGCUUGGCGUAACCUUGUUGGACUGCGCGAUAAGUCUUGUUGUCUCGAUCAACCGCUGUCUUCAUAAUUGCUCCAACUGCAAUAUACUUUCGCUUCCUUGAAAACGUGAGACGUGUGAAUAAGCUACUGGAUUCACGCAAAGUUGCUUUUCUAGGACGGUCAAAGCUGCUGGUAUCCAGAAUCCCUACUGCCUUGAAAUAAACGCACUUACCCAACUACAAGAUACACAAGUCCAAACCGACUGGAAUUAGUAAAGUCGAGUGAUUGAACUACCACCCAUCAGACAUAACCAAAUACCUGAAACCGUACCAAAACAACAAGAAGCAAGCCCCAAGAAACUUAUCAGUUUAUACAAGCUCGUGACAAAGAUAUUGAGUAUUGAAAAAAUGGUCUCAAAGGUGAGCAAUGUUCAUUUGGUAUGGAGUUGCUAAUUAUGAAAAAUAGGCAAAUACGAAAACUCAGUUUGUGAGUAACUAUGGUAUAUUUCUCAAGGCGCUGAAGAUGGAAUCUGUAUUUGACGACAAAAAUGACUUUUUGGAUGUUGUGUAUUGGUUUAGGCAAGUUUUUGCCAUUAUAGUCGGUGUUGUCUGGGGUGUAGCCUCGUUUACGGGUUUUGUAGCAAUCCUCAUGUUCUUUGUAACAAACAUAUGCUUUGUCUAUGCAUACGCUGCAAUUUAUCAACGUGUUGAUGAGGAUGAAUAUGGUGGAUAUGGGGAAAUCGUAAAAGAAGCCGGGGACGUGUUCAAUGUAGAUAUAGAAUCUGUUGAGAGAGACGAAAAACACAAAGAUCCUACAGAAUAUCAUCUAUCAUUACGCGUUGACUAUGUACUUGUUCCACCGAUUUGUGGCGAUCCUACUAUGAAUGUUAAUGCUAAAAUAUUAGAAUCAGAUUUAAGAGAAAAUACUACAGUUGAUUGGAAUCCUGAUUUAACAAUUCAAUGGUUAUAUCGAGCUUGGUAUUUAAAAGAAAGAGGUUCUUGGUUAGUAAAUCAUCAUUUGAAAUGUGUAACAUCACACUUGAACAAUUCAAAUAGUCAUAAUAACAAAGAGGAAUUAUUCAGAUACAUUUGGUCAUCAGCUUUUGCAUGUUAUUCCAGAGCUUUGCAGCUUGUUUCAUUAGCUUAUUGGGCUGAAAAAACAUGUGUAAAUGAUGUUUUACCAAUGGGAACUGACGAAAAUGGAUAUGAUUGUACAAAAAAUAAAACUAGCACAAAUAAUAAUAUACACUGGAUUCAAGUGGUAUCAGGUGAAAAAUCUAUAACUUGUAAUAACGGUGAAAAAUUGAACAGUUCAGACUACAAAGAUUGGGAUCGUUUUGGGGAUAUUGAUCACAAAACUAUGUUUCCAUUACAAUGUAAACCUUUACGCUUGAUGUUUAUCCUCCUUUCAAAUGUUGCUUUAUGUCAAUUGAAAGUUGGAUCUAAUGAAUAUUGUGCUCGAAAUUGUUCACAUGCUUUAUAUCUUCUUUCAUGUCAAAUAGAUUCUUCUAUAUAUUCAUCAACUAAUGAUUAUUAUCAUCAAGAUAUCAUUAAUACAUCAUUAUUUUCACAAGAAAAACUUCAAUUCUAUUGGAAUAAUUUUGAAAUAUCUUAUCAUGAUAUACAUAAAGUAUUAUUUCGUCGUGCUCAAUCUUAUUUUAAUCAAGUGUGAGAUGUAAUAACGAUAACCUAUACAAAUCUGUACCACAUUCUACGUUGAUUACGAUGGACUGACUGAUACUUUACGAUCACUGGAAACAAAGUAGGUGGAGAAGAAUUUCGACCCAAUCAUCGUAAGUUGAUUGGUUUAAUUAACAAGAUAUUGUUAUACUAAUAAUCUGAUCCUAGUAAGCAUAAGAAGUAUCUUAAUAUAAUAGUUAGUUUAUUCAUACUUUCUUUGUAAGUUCGUUAUUAUUGAGAUUAAAAAGGAAUACCAUUUUUCAAAAAGAAUUUUCACUUCAAACCUUCACUACCCAUCUGGUCAUUUUUUAUCUUAAGACCAAAUUGUUAUAACGCUCGGUUUUACUUCGUCUAAUGUUAUAACGGUUCAUUUUUCCAUGUUUACAUGUAUGGGACGUUAAUUUAACUUAGACGAAUAUCUACAUUAGAUUCCCUCCCAGUGUCUAUUCUACAGGACUUGAACACAACUCAGAUCAAGAACACGUGAUUAGCCUGACUACAACGUAAAUAUAUUUCCACAGCAAAAAACCGUACGCAAUCUAACAUUAAUCAACAAUCAAUAAUAAGUGAUAAUAAUAAUAAGGAUAGGGGAACAUAUAACUCAUCUGACAUUUGUCAGACUAUCUUUAUCUCUGACUAGACAGACAACCAAUCAUUCUCGAUCACACAUCACGAAUACAACAGUUUGAAGUUCAUUGUAGUCUAUUGUAGGUUUCUAAUCCAUUAAUUUUGUUGAGUCAGGGAGUAUCAGUGAAAAUGUCAAAAUUUGAAAGUUAUUCUCUGAGAUCUCGGUAUAUAUGCUUAUAAUAACGUGUAACACUUUUAUCUCUUCCUUGGUAGAAAUAAAUUCAGUAAAAGAUUUUACUGAUUAUUAUUUUCUAAUAUUCAGUUCGUUUAUUGUUCUUCAUUCCCCCCUUUUUUUCCUUUCUUAAAUAUACACUUCAUUGUUCAAUUAUUUGAACACUUCUUAUUAUGUAAUCUUGUAACUUUUUAUGAGUGUUAUUCACCUAUAUCCUAUUAUGAAACAUUAAUUCAAACCUUUAUUAUUCUUAUCACAACUAUUACACCUUUCACUACAUGAUCAAUUUGUACUCUUUACUUAUUAUGUUUCAGUCAUGUAAUGUAUUCCACCAUUAUCACUGUAUCAUAAACUGACUUAAUUAAUUUAAUAAUUUCGUUUAUGCAUAUCAAUACAUUACUGUAUAUUAGCC